AUGAGCAACAAUCAUAACACUAGCACCAAUAAUCAGCAAAAUGGAAAGUCUUCAAAUAUUAAUCUAGCUUUGUUUAAAGAUCAAUAAAGAUUUAAACACUUUGCUUCUAGAGCAGAAUCAUUUUCUCAGAUGAAUAAACUAAGAAAUUAAGAUCAGCUUUCACGAGCUACUUCAGUUGGAGGAAGGUUCAAGAAAAACAGCAUAAAGCAUUUGAAUCGUGAUGCUUUGUGCGAUUAUGAUUCCUAAAAAAUAUCUUUAUUGGAUAAACACAGUGCAAAUAAUAGUACUUAAUUGUGUGAAGAGAGCAAAUACUCCUAAUAAAUAACAAUCAAAGAGCUAUUAAAACCGAAUACUGAUACAGUAUCAAAAUAAUCCUUUUUCGAUUAAUUAUCAUCUGUAUCCGCCUCUAAAAAAGUGGUUCAGAAGAAUAUCAAAAUUAGCAAAAAAUUGAUAUCAUAGCCUAAGUUGAAAGAGUUGAAGAAUGAGAACAAUUAAUGCAUUCAAAAUGUAGAAAAUGAAAUUAUACAAGGAUAGCCAAAGCGCUCUCAUUCCCAAAGGGGAUCAUUGAUUGAAAUUAGAAAGGUCAAGUUUGAUGUUAAAAAGGUAUAGUAAAUGCUUAACUCUAGACAAGCCUUAGAAAAUUCAAUAAAACUUAUUAAAAACUAAUGCAGCAGAAUUUAGAAGAGACUCAUUGAUAAUUAAUAAAACGACCAAGAAAAUAGGACUGAAAGUUUCAAAGAGCAGCUUGCAAGAAUCAUUCAAACUAGGAAUGCAAGUCCCUUCAAAUAAAUACUACUAAACACAACUAAAAGUAAAAUUAAUGAGUCGAUUUAGAAUAAUCCUGAAAAAUGGUAGAACACUGAUAUUAAGUAAUAGCCCUAGAUUAAAACUUUAGCAUAAAGAGAUAUGAGCUCCCAAUUUACAAAUUCAAAUCCUUAGUACAAUAGGCUACUUCAUUAGAAGAGAGCUUAAUCUGCAUAUGGAAAGCUUAAAGAUAGAAAAUAAUCUAUGAUUGAUUUUGAAAAGACAAUUAACCCUUCUUUUUAUAAACUGAUAUCAAACUCUCGUCCUCAGAGUGUUCUAAAAAGUUAAAAUCAUAAGAGAGCCUAAAGUGCUCUGAAAACAAGAGCAUAGACUGCUUCAACUCUUUCAAAUUUUGAAGUAGGAACACUAAAUCAAUAGAGCUCAUAGAACAUGUAAAUAUUCGGUAGAAGAUUAAGUAGAAAUGAUUCUUUAAAUGAGACAUAGAGCAGAAUCAAAAAUUUUGCUGAUUUUUCCCAACAUCACAUUAAUAAUUAGACUAUUAUAUAGACUAACACCUUUGACAGUAUCAUGAGUUAGUCUCAAUUAUAGAAUUCAACUAUAAAGUUUUAAAACAACAAUAAGAUAAAGUAACUAAGAGACAUUUAUCUAUGGAAUCAAAGACUAUAAAUGACUUCUUCAAAGCGAAGCGAGGCCAGUUACACUAGAGGAGGACUCUACGAGACAGAGGCUCAAAGACUACAGCGCGAGGCUGAUGAAUACACUAAAAAGCUUGAACAUGAGAGAAAGCGAUACUUGAUAUUAGAAGAUCAAUACAAGCAGCUUGAUAGUGAAUAUAAUGAGAAAAAGGAGAAGAUUAAGUAGAUGAUCCCUUCUGAAGAAGACUUUCACAUGUAAGAAGUUCAAAGAAGACAUUAUUUGCACAUGCUUGCUAAUGAGAAGGUCAGAUUAAAUGACACUAUUGGAAGAAAUAAUCACUUAAAGACCGAGAUUAACAUCAUGAGAAAGGAAAUUUUAUUCGCCCAAGAUAGUAUUGCAAAAAUGGGAAGAUAGAUUGGUAGAAUUAAGAAAGAAGCCUUGACUACAAAUAAAGAUUAUAUAGCAGGGUCUAAAUAAGCUGAUGAGACGAAUAAUUAAAUUUUGGCAUUGAAGGCAAAGCAUGAAGAGGAAAAAGAGCGUUUUGAAUUAGAGAUUAAGAAACUUUAAGAGAGACUUAAAGAGAGAGAUGAGCCGAUUGAAUUCGAUGACAAGAGCUUUAAUUAAACAGUAAAUGACACUAAGGGUGGUCCUGGUGGUUAGAAGACUGAGUUUGCUAAUCCAAUUGCCAUCUUAAAACUCAGACUUAACAAGGUUAUGCAAACAAACAAAGAAAAGAAGAAGUUGCUUGAUCAAUAUAUGAGAAAUGCUAAGAUUAUAGAGGAUGCCUUCGAUCAAAUAAAGGAUGCCACUGGAAUUCAAAACAUCGAGGAAAUCGUCACUACUUUCAUCAAGGCUGAGGAGUAAAAUACUAGUCUCUAUAACUAUGUUAACCUACUUAAUCAGGAAACUGAUGCUAUCGAAGAGCAAAAUAAACAACUUGAUAAGAAUAUACUGAAGUUUAGAAGUUUAUCAGAGUAAACAGAGCAGUAGAGAUAAGCAAGAGUUCAUGAGUUGAAGCAAACCUCUGAGUCACUAAGAGAUGAAAUCUUGAAGAGGUAACUACCAAUCAUUUAUUAAGAUAAAAUUAGCAAUAAUGAGUGCGACGAGAUGUAGUAUGAAUUUAAUUAGAUGCAAAAAAACUCUGCAAGAAUGAUCAAGCUAUUCAAGCAAUCAAAGUUUUACCUAUCAGUAGCUAGCAAUAUGAACUACGAUGAAAAUACCGUCUUCAAUGAGAAUAAUAUCAUUCAUCACUUGGCUGAACUUGAAGAAUACAUCUCUUCUCUCAUCACGUAUGUUGCCUUCAAGCGUGAUGAUCCCAAUGCUGCUAUCUCUAGUGUUCCCUUAGAGAAACUUAACCAGAAGGAGUUCAAUAAGAAGGAGAUUCAGAUUGAUGCUCCAAUCGAUACUGAAAGAGGUGAUCCAUCUAUUAUGGGUGCAAAGACUGAUGCCGGUGGAGACCUUGAAGAUGAUGUUAUUGUCGACUCUAAGCAGUUGUACAUGAAAUUCAUGGAUAUGGUUGGAAAGAAAUAGAUCAACAUAGUCCACUAAUCUUAGGCUAAGAAAGACGGAGGUGUCACAAAUAUUAACAGAGAUAACGAUUGA